AUGUCAUCGCACGCCGACUUCAAGGACCGGCAGUUCCUUGCCGACUCUGUAACGGGCCUCUUGCUCGCAGGCAUCGGUCAUAUCACUACCGGCGCCGAAGCGCAAAAGAACUUUCUCGUCGUCGACAAUAAGACGGAAACUGCAGCCAUCGAGUCUGCGUUUGAGAGCUUUACAAGCCGGAAAGAUAUUGGAAUCGUCUUGAUCAACCAGCAUAUUGCCGACAGAAUACGACACCGAGUCGAUACCUACACCGCUGCCUUUCCCACGGUCCUCGAAAUCCCAAGCAAAGAUCACCCAUACGACCCAGAGAAAGACAGUGUGUUGAGACGAGUGCGUCGUCUGUUUGGCGAGUAA